CACGUGGCACUGUACACAGCACAGUACGCAGGGCACGUGGCACUGUACACAGCACAGUAUGCAGGGCACGGGGCACUGUACACAGCACAGUACGCAGGGCGCUUGGCACUGUACACAGCACAGUACACAGGGCAUGGGGCACUGUACACAGCACAGUACGCAGGGUACUGGGCCCUGUACACAGCACAGUACGCAGGGCACGGGGCCCUGUACACAGCACAGUACACAAGGCGCGUGGCACUGUACACAGCACAGUACGCAGGGUACGGGACACGGUACACAGCACAGUAUGCAGGGCAUGGGGCACCUUACACAGCACAGUACGCAGGGCAUGGGGCACCGUACACAGCAUAGUAUGCAGGGCGUGGAGCAUUGUACACAGCACAGCAUGCAGGGCACAGGCACUGUAUACAUCACGGUACACAGGGUGCAGAGCACUGUACACAGCACAGUACGCAGAGCACGGAGCACUGUACACAGCACAGUACGCAGGGCACGGAGCACUGUACACAGCACAGUACGCAGGGCACAGGACAUUGUACACAGCACAGUACGCAGGGCACAGGACACUGUACACAGCACAGCACGCAGGGCAUGGGGCAGUGUACACAGCACAGUACGCAGGGCACAGGACAUUGUACACAUCACAGUACGCAGGGCACAGGACACUGUACACAGCACAGUACGCAGGGCACGGGGCAGUGUACACAGCACAGUACGCAGGGCACGGGGCAGUGUACACAGCACAGCACGCAGGGCACGGGGCACUGUACACAGCAUAACACGCAGGGCACGGUGCACUGGACACUUCACAGUACGCAGCGCGCGGGGCACUGCAUACAGCACAGCACGCAGGGCACGGGGCACUGUACACAGCACAGUAUCCUGGGCACAGGGCAUUGCACACCGCACAGUACGCAGGGUGCGGGGCACUGAGCACAGCACAGCACGCAGGGCGCGGGGCACUGAGCACAGCACAGCAUGCAGGGCACGGGGACUGUACACAACACAGUACACAAGGGACAGGGCACUGUACACAGCACAGUACGCAGGGCACAGAACACAAUAAACGGGUCAGUGUGCAGUGCACAGCCCAUAGCACUCUUCACCAGGAUUGACUCCGGUUUCUCUCAAGGCCAUCUCCAUUUUUUUAUCAUCUUCCUCAUCGAAUGCUGCUGUCCUUCUGUGUCGAUGAGGAGAAUGAAUUUCCCAGAGCUGUUAGUGAGUGGGCCACAGUUAAUCUGCUGAACCGCAGCAAGGUGAGGGCAGUACUGAGGGCGGCUGGACGCUCCGGUGCUCAACGGACUGAUUUGCCAAGAGGGCGGGACUUGGUUGAGAUUCCCACACAGACUGAUCCCUGAGUCUGUACUCCUUAUUUCACCAAAAUUACUGGGAAUAUGGAAAAGUAAAACCAGUCCAAGGGAGCCAUUGCAGUUAAAGUGACUCUCUCUCCCUCUGUGUGUGUCUCUCUCUCUCUC